GUCGCGGGCCCCUGGCGGCGCCGCCGCGGGAGGCCGCGCCCGCCAUGGCGGCCCGGCUGGUGCUGGACGAGUUCACGGCGCCCGCCGAGAAGGCGGCGCUGCUGGAGCGGAGCCGCGAUCGCAUCGAGGGGCUGUUCGGCGUGCAUCUGGCCGUGCUGGGCGCGCUGGGCUCCGAGGAGCCGCUCCCCGCGCGCAUCUGGCUGCAGCUGCGCGGGCCGCAGGAGGCUGUGCACAGCGCCAAGGAAUAUAUUAAAGGAAUCUGUGAACCUGAACUAGAAGAAAGAGAAUGUUAUCCAAAGGCCAUGCACUGUAUUUUUGUUGGGGCCCAGAGUCUCUUUCUAAAGAGCUUGAUUCAAGACACCUGUGCAGACCUCUGCAUUUUGGACAUUGGACUUCUUGGCAUCAGGGGAAGUGCUGAAGCUGUGGUCAUGGCUCGGAGUCACAUUCAGCAAUUUGUAAAGCUUUUUGAGAAUAAUGAGAAUUUACCCAGCAGUCAGAAAGAAUCAGAGGUCAAAAGGGAAUUCAAACAAUUUGUUGAAGCUCACGCAGAUAGUUAUACAAUGGACUUGUUAAUUUUGCCCACUUCAUUAAAAAAAGAACUUUUGACACUCACGCAAGGUGAGGAGAACUUAUUUGAAACAGGGAAUGAUGAUGUCACUGAAGUUCAAGAUUCUGAACAAAAAGAGAUUAUACAGAACGCUGCCAUAGGUCUGAGUAUUUCCAGAGAUGAAGUUGUUUUGCAUGAGGAUGCAAGAAAUAAAGCUGGGACUCCUGUUUCUGAGCUUACAAAACAAAUGGAUACAGUUUUUUCCAGUUCACAAGAUGUACUUUUUGUUCCAGAAAAUGGUCUAACUCUAGAAGAAGAGACACUUUCUAAUGAUAGAACCUGUCACAAACGGAGAUUUUCUGAUUCUGAAGAAAGACAUACCAAGAAACAGUUUUCAUUAGAAAAUAUUCAAGAGGGGGAGCUUUUACAUGAUGGUAAUACACCAUCUGGAAAUGUAAUCAUUGACCUGUCUGAGUCUUCUGCUGAUCCUGAAAAUUUCAAUUCAGAUGUAAAAGAUACUACCGAAGAAAUGGAAUAUAACAUCCUUGUGAACUUCUUUAAAACCAUGGGCUAUUCCCAAGAAAUUGUUGAAAAAGUCAUUCGGGACUAUGGACCAUCUACGGAACCACUACUGCUCUUAGAAGAAAUUGAAAAAGAAAAUAAACGAUUCCAGGAAGACAUAGAAUUUUCACUGGGUACUAUAUAUACUGAGACAAAUAAAACCAAAAAUAAAAGUGUUUGUAGCAGUGUAAGUGAGCUUUCAGUAGAUUCUACUCCAAAGAAAACACAAAGUCACACACAGCAAAAUAUGAUAGAACGAUUCUCUCACUUACCGUUCAAAGCAGAAUCAAAACCAUGUACCUCAAAUUGCAAAAUGAAUACUUUUAGGACAGUGCCAGUAGAUCAGAAGCAAGAAAUACAGAGUUCAAAUCAGAGCUACACUUGUAGCAUAGACCUUGAAACUGAUGGUCUUUCAACUUCUGUUGCCCCAUCAAGUCCCAAAGAAGUCAGUUUUGUUUCAAGAGGAGCCUCAAGUCACCAGCCCAGAAUUUCAGUUUUCCCUGAAAACGGUUUGCAGCAACAAGGAGAUCCCUUGCCUUCAAAUAUGAAGACUGCUGGUGAAAAUCGUUUGAGACCUUGUAACUCUCCUCAGUCUAAGCCAAAUUGUCCACCUCUUUCUCCACCGACACUUCUGCCCCAACUGUUACCUUCAGUUGCUGAUGCAAGGUUUGCAGGAGCUUCUGAGUAUAUUGAUUCUUCAGUUACAGGGGUUCAGAGGUUUCGAGAUACCCUGAAAAUACCCUACAAGCUGGAAUUAAAAAAUGAACCAGGGAGAACAGAUUUGAAACAUAUUGUUAUAGAUGGGAGCAAUGUUGCAAUUACCCAUGGUUUGAAAAAGUUCUUUUCUUGUCGUGGAAUUGCGAUUGCAGUCGACUAUUUCUGGAAGCUCGGCAAUAGAAACAUCACUGUAUUUGUGCCACAAUGGAGAACAAGGCGUGAUCCUAAUGUCACAGAACAGCACUUCUUAACUCAGCUUCAGGAGCUUGGAAUAUUAUCUUUAACUCCUGCACGGAUGGUCUUUGGAGAAAGAAUUGCUUCUCAUGAUGACAGGUUUCUACUACACUUAGCAGAUAAAACUGGUGGCAUAAUUGUAACAAAUGAUAACUUCAGAGAGUUUGUUACUGAAUCAGUCUCUUGGAGAGAAAUUAUUACCAAAAGGUUGCUUCAGUAUACCUUUGUGGGUGAUAUAUUUAUGGUUCCUGAUGAUCCGCUGGGAAGAAGUGGGCCCCGAUUAGAAGAAUUUCUUCAGAAGGAAGACUUCGUUGGAGAUAUGCAGCCUUUGUACAAUGCCCUGCCAAAUGUGGGCAUAUUUGACCCUGGCUUCCGAGUCUCUGGCACCCAGGCAGCCAGCACCAGCCACCAGCCUCCAGCCCGGAUCCAGGGCAGCCCGCCCAGCCACUGGCUUCCUCAGCAGUCCCACUACCCACUUCUGCCAAAUCUUCCCAAUAUCCAGCAGAACCUGUCCCUGCCAGCACAGAGGUCUUCUGUAGAGACCAACGAGCUGAGGGAAGCCUUACUGAAGAUCUUUCCUGACUCGGAGCAGAGAACAAAGAUUGACCAGAUCUUGGCUGCCCAUCCAUAUAUGAAAGACCUGAAUGCACUCUCUGCCAUGGUGUUGGAUUGAAGGCUCAGGAGCUGGCGCUCAGGGCUGAAGGUCGCACUCAAGCUAUUGUCUGCACAUGGCAGCCAGAAGCGAUAUAAUGUGAAGAAACCAGUUUCCCAGUGGAAAUGCUGUUGUAGUAUAUAGAAAAAAACAUGUUUUGUGUAUUAAAAAAUCUGGAUUUUCAGAACCAGCUUUUUUUCUAUAUAUAAAUUAUGCUGCUAUUACAGAUUUAACAUUUUCUGUAAAAGGAAAGUCUACAUUUUCUGCCUGUUCAGAACUGUUUAAUAGCAGUUAACUUGAUUGUAUUUACAUUUUUAUGUUUUUUAAACUAUUUUCCUGAAGCUGAAAAUAUUGACAAAUGGAUAAGAUUAGCCUUUCUUAAAAAAAAAGAAGAGUUGCUUUUUUAGGAAAGCAAAACCUCUUAAAGUAUAUUUUCUUGAUGACUAUGUCAUGUGCACUAACAAGAAGUGUACUCACCCCUCAAACCUCCACCCACAACUGGAAACAGAGUCUGUGGGAAUCAAUUUUGCUUUCUUGAGGUCUCAUUGGAGCCAUUUGUGAAAUGGACAAUGGGUGCCACUAGAUGGCACCUUGUGCCUAACCAUUACUGAUGAUCAGGGCCUCCCGGAAUGUCAGGGUCAAGAGAAAAUUUAGAGCCCGUAUAAUCAACCCGUCUCACCUCCUGUCCAGCACAAGGGGGAGCUAAGUCUCAGCGUGCUCACGGGCCUGGCAUGUACAAGCUUGUAUAGGGCAGUGGCACACGUGCACAGAUAGGACCCUCACUGCUCUGAAAACCUCACAACAUGCCAAGGCCUCACUUGGCCCAACCUGACUCAAAAUCAUUGCUGAGUCUCUGAAGAUAGGAGUGAGCUUGACAACAUUGAAUGAACAGCCUCAUUAUUGUGAAAAUGAUGUCCCCAUGUGAAGUUAGUGCCGCUUUGUCCAAAAGUGUUUUUAUAUAUUAUCAAGAAUGACCUAAGCCAGUAAAUAGCAUUAGUAGCUUCUAUGGGGGCCUAAAGCCCCAUAUUUAUUUUUUCCUGUGUUUGUCUUUGUAGUGUCCUAAAAAGGCUCAGAAUUGGUAUCUUAGUAUUAUCUAUUUUCAGUGUUGACCAUAUUAUGUCAUUGAAGUUCUUUUUUCUGAGUAAUUAAUUAUCUUUACUGUUCUCUGAACUUUCAAAGGGCUUUGUAUUUUGUACCUGUUCUCUCCCCAGGCUGCUCACGGUCACUUCCAUGUCUGCCCUGUGGAUCGUGUAUCUCCUGGCCCCCAGAAACAGCUGAGGACUUUGCUGGUUUGUACUCCAUGUUGAUGGCAGUUUGCUUGCUCUGAGCAAAGCUGGGUGACUUCCUGGGAUGCUCUUUCCAGGUGCAUUGACUCCCUGUAUCCCUCAGAGGAUGCAUUAAGACCCGUAGGUAGACAGAUUUGUAGUUCAGUCAUAAAAACUUAUAGUCACUUGGGUGCCUCAGGUGCAUCCUAUUAUGUAGCUGUUGCUUUGGGGGCAGGUUGCCACCUCUGAAGUGCUGGCAGAAGACAUGCUGGCAUAUCAGGAUGUGACUCAGUCACAGCUCUCAAUGCUUUAGUUUUGACGCUGGUAGUUUCAAAGCAGAGCUGAUACGGGAAGUCUUCUUUUUCUGAGUAAUUCGUGCUUGCUGCCCUGUGGCCCAAACUUGGCACAGCCUGGCUUACUUUUACUAAUCUAAUAUUUCUCCCUUAUUUUGGAGGGGAUCCAGGAAGGACCUUGAUUGCAACAGUGUUUAACCACUAUUUUACCUGGUGGGAGACUAAGGCUUUCCUGUUACCACCUGCUGUUGGCUAGGUCAAGAAGUCAAAAGUUUCUUAGGCUCAAGAAAUAACUUGACCUUAACCACUCUCUUAUAUGAGCCCCUGUGUUUUUAGUAUUUCUGAUCUCUACCUACCUUGUCUUCUCUCAGGUGUGAGAAGAAAGGAUGCAGAAAACUAUUUGGGAGGAAUAUAGAAAAGCAUUAUCUACCUUUAUAAUAAAUUUAUAGCAUGAAAUAAUCACCUAUCUAAAAAUAAUCAAGUUUAAUUAAAUUUAACAUUUUAACAUUUAACUCAAGUUUUUAAAUCUUUUAAAGUCAUUGCCAGGGCCAUGAAUAGCACAAAGGGCUGAGUAUAUGUAGGAGACCCAGGUUCCAUCCCCCAGCACUGCAAUGGUGCCUCUAGUAUAGCCAGGAGUGACUCGUGCACCAAUCCAGGAGUACUUCUGAGCAUUGCCACGUGUGCCCCUACCACCACUAUCUUCCAUCCUCCAAAAAUGUCUUGCUUGUUCUUAGUCUCUGGCUACUAGAGUAGGUGUUGAUUCUAAUAAACUUCUCUCAAUGAUAGAAACAUCUGUUUUGAUUUUCGGUGAUAGGGAUAGAAAUAUUUGUUUCCUGUGGCAGAUUUCUAACCUGCUACCUUGGUAGUGUCAGCAGCAGUAUUGCCUCAUUUUGUGACAGUCUUCAAGCUUUUUAAAAAUAUAUAUCUAUAUCUAUAUAUAUUUUAAUUACUCACUGUGAGAUAGUUAUAAAGUUGUUGAUAGUUGAGUUUUGGUCAUACAGUGUUCCAACAUCCAUCUUUUCACCAGUGUUCAUUUCCCACCACCAGUUUACCCAGUUUACCCUCCUGCCAUCCCUUCUCAGGCUUUUGUGUGUAGUGGCUCUACACACUACUCAGGAGCCUUCCUGCCUAGGUGGCAAGAGAAAGGAUCAAUGGCUGGUAUUCAGGGUGCCCAGGAUAAGGAAUAAAUUGGUG